UGAGAGACAAUAGGAACCUCUGUUUAAUUUGGGGAGGGGGAGAUGGAGAGGAGGCGGGCGAAAGGUAGCCAUGGAGACAGCUGCCCCAUUCUGCAGGAGUAUGGGGGUGGUGGAGGCUUCUUUCCAGUUUGGUGGUGAUGAGAGGAGCUUUAGGCCAACGUUGGGGUGGGGAGGGGCGCACUGGGAGGUCUCUCUGGGCUUCGCAGGGCCAGUCGACCGGGCAGGCUGGAAGGAUGAUGGUUGUGUGCCUCUGCUUGGGAAGGCUAUGUGCUGGCAUGGUGUUGGGGGACCAGAUAUGGACAUGUCUCUCUCAUCCUGAUGAAUGUGCCCUCUGGGCCGUUGCAAGCAAUGGGUGGGGAGGCAGGCUUCCUGUGGCCAGCCCGGACUCCCUUCCCAUGCCCAGAGGAAAUCUCUCCGAGAACGUUGGCUCAUGGAUGGGACGGCUGAAGGGCCAGAGCGGUCGGAGGACCCCGCCUCCAAGGACCCACAGUCGCCUGAGGGGCAGGCCCAGGCUCGAAUUCGCAACCUGGAAGACAGCUUGUUUUCGCUCCAGUCACAGCUGCAGCUGUUGCAAAGCGCGUCCACAGGUGCCCAGCACAGACCUGCUGGCAGGCCUGCCUGGCGCAGAGAGGGUCCCCGCCCUCUUUCUCAGCCCACCAUGGGGGCAGGCCCUGUAGGCCUCACAGAUGUGGACAAGAGAACUUCCCUGCCAGCUGGUCCAGUGGGCUUGUCCCUUGAGUCCCCCUCUGAUACCAGGGAGGAGCCCAUCGGGGUUCUGCCAGCAUUGAGGCCAUCCCCUGAGGCCGAAGGGGACUCUUCAGAAGCCAAUGGCCCUUCCUCUGGGCACAGCCCCAUCCCAGAGCAGCUGAACCUAGGGGUAGCAAGUGUCACUAAGGCCAAAGGAGAUGGUGUGGUGGAGGUGGUUUGGGCUGGGCUCAGUGCCACCGAGAACAGUGCCACAGGCCCCACGGGCGUGGAGCUGGAGGCUAAAGUGGAAGAAGUGGUGCUGGAGGCCAUCGGGGCCAGGCAGGACACCAGCAGCCCUGAGCUGCCCACUUGGGUGAAGGAGGGCAGGGGCGUGGUGGAGGUGGUCUGGGAGGGGCUGGGAGGCAGUGAUCUUGAUGUCACAGGGGAGUCAGCCAGGGCUCUAGAGGCUGCACACACCAGCUCUCCAAAGCUCCAGGAGCAAUUUGAAGCUGAAACGUCCAGAAAAGAGGCUGGUGCUUCAAGAGAUAGUCCUGAGGGUGCUGGUCGGGAGGGCCCUGGAGGAGAGGAGGGCUCCUUCAUUUGGGUGGAGAGAGGGGCCUUCAGUGAAGACUGGGAGGAGCUCUUGAUGGAAGGUUUAGAAGCGCCCCCGGGGGUGGGGUGUGCAGGAGGACCUGAGACUGUGAUGGGAUCACAGCCCAGAGAGGGUGAAGCGUCCUGGGGGGUGGAGAGAAGAGAAGUGGAAAAAUCAGAGGGCAUGGAAGACGGGGAAAAAAUGGAAAUGCGAAGGACAGAGAGGGAUGGGACAAUUGUGCUGCCAGAUGCUGCCCAAGGAAGGGAGGAAAGCUGGGCAGAAAAGAAAGAGAGAAAAGAAGGUGAGAGUCCCCUUCCAGCAGAGAUAGCAACAGAGGAAACGUGGGAGGUGAAAGCGAAGGAAGAUGAAGAGCCAAUGGAAGUAGAAAAAGGAGGCGAGGGAGAGCCUGCCACCACUGAGAAGCCAUUGGUGGCAGAAAAAAAACCAGAGAGAAAAAGAAGUGAGAAGCCAUUGGACCAGGAGAGAGAUGGUGAGGGCCCAUUGGACAGAGAGCCAAAAACAAGUGAUAUGUUAUUGGGUGGACAGACAGAAGGUGAGAACUCAUUGGAUGAAGAAACAAAAGAAAGUAAGAAACUGUUGGAUGAGGAGACAGGAGGUGAGGGCCCAUUGGAUGAAGAAGGUAAACUAUUGGAUGAGACAGGAGGUGAGGGUGAAGAAAUUAAAGAAAGUAAACUAUUGGAUGAGGAGAUAGGGGCUAAGGGCCCCUUGGAUGAAGAUACUAAAGAAAGUAAGAAACUAUUGGGUAGCGAGGCAGGAGGCACUGAGCCUUUAUUAGAGCUGGAGAAGACCUCAGGUGCCGUGGAAGAGGUGAGUCCAGAAGAGCAAGGCAAAUCCAACGAGGGAGCAGAGUUUACAGUAGAGGAUGCCGGCCAGCCAGGAACCACUCAUUUGGUCCAGGAGGAGCCCACAUCAGAGGAGCAAGGACUGCAAGGCCCGGAGAAGCAAGAAGGGCCAAUGGAAGAGGCAGCCAGGCGGCCUCAGCCCUGUGCUGAGACUGAGGGACCCUCAGGGGAUGCCACGCCCCUCCUAGAAGAGACCCCAGCCCCGGAGCAGUCUGGGGAAGGCCAGCCACUGCUCCGUCAUGAGGCGUCUGGGGCCAACCCUGGUGACCACCCGGCGCCUACCUAUGCACCUGCCAGGCAGCUUGAGCUAGCUGAGGCCAAAGAAGAUGGGGGCCCCAAGCAAAAGACGUGCCAGUGUUGUGUGGUCAUGUGAGCCUCCGCCUGCCGCCCAGCACCCCACUCCUCCUCUCACAGCUACCUCGCUGCCUGGCAUCCAGCAGAAGGUCCCAGGCACAGACAGGGUACCAUAGGACUGGUGGUUACCCAGGAGCCAGUAGGCCCCUGCGUUUACUUACACCCGGGCUUUUAGAUUCCCUACCCACUGCCUGUGGCCCUGAAUCCCUUCUGCAAUGAAGCCUUUAUACUUGAAAAUUAAAUGUUAAGGCACUCUGGCUUUAGAAAA